GUUCGUGAAGGCACCAUUUGGCUUUGUGUGCGUUACGUGUGUUUCUGUCAUCCAAAUGCAAAAGGACUCCUCUUCCUGGUGUGGAGUAAUAGCAAUGGAGCGAUGAGAGAGGGGGAGGAAAAGCUGUCCGAGUCGAAGAAACACUGUGUUUAUCUGGAGGAAUGUCUGACGUAAACAAAGCUGCAGAGGAUGGUGGAUCCUUCUCAUCGAAGGUCAUCAACACUGUGUUUGUCGUCCUCCUGCUCGACCUGUUGGGGUUUACACUGAUCCUUCCUCUACUGCCCUCCAUUUUGGACUACUACGCACAAACAGGGGAUGCUGUGUAUCAGUCUCUACAGAGUGUUGUAGACUGGUUCAGGGAAGCUGUUGGAAUUCCUCUGGAGAAGAAGUACAACACUGUCCUGUUUGGAGGCCUGAUCGGGUCACUGUUUUCUCUGCUGCAGUUUCUAGCCUCUCCUAUUACGGGGGCCCUGUCAGACCACUAUGGCAGACGACCCCUACUCAUUCUCACCACUUUAGGGCUGAUGUCCUCCUAUGCGGUCUGGGCUAUUUCCAGGAGCUUCAGCAUGUUUCUUUUGUUUCGGGUAAUUGGGGGCAUUUGUAAGGGCAACGUCAGCCUCUGCACUGCCAUCGUGGCUGACUUACCCUGCCCAAAAGCAAGGAACAGAGGAAUGGCUAUGAUCGGCGUAGCCUUUUCUCUGGGCUUCACCGUUGGACCUCUGAUGGGCGCCUACUUUGCCAUCAGCUCCAGAUCGUCAGGAAACGUCUUCUAUCAGGUCACAGCUCUGCUUGCUCUGGCCUUCAGUGCUGCUGAUCUGCUCUUUAUUUGGCUCAUGCUGCCAGAGACGCUCACCAAGGACAUUAAGACUUCAGCUUCAGGCUUUGGGGACUCCAGAGACCUCCUGGACCCCAGAGACCUCCUGGACCCAUUAGCUUUGUUCCACUUUUCAGCUGUUACCAGGACAAAAGAUCCACCUUCAAAACAAAAAAUGCAGAAGCUCCAAGUGUUAGGUCUGGUUUAUUUCUGUUACCUCUUCCUCUUCUCCGGUCUGGAGUUCACGUUGAGUUUUCUGACUCACCAGCGCUUCCAGUUUACAAGUAUGCAGCAGGGAAAGAUGUUCUUCUUCAUUGGCGUCAUCAUGGCGUUGAUCCAGGGAGGAUACGCUCGUCGAAUCAAACCUGGGCAUCACAUCAAGGCUGUCCGAGUGGCUAUCGUCGCACUGAUCCCAGCAUUUAUCCUCAUUGGGAUGUCAUGGAAUGUAACAGCUUUAUACAUCGGCUUGGCAUUAUACUCCUUUGCGGCAGCCAUAGUAGUUCCAUGUUUGUCGACUCUCGUGUCCGAUCAUGGCUCAGCUAAUCAGAAAGGAACAGUGAUGGGGAUUUUGCGUAGUUUGGGAGCUCUGGCUAGAGCACUGGGGCCAGUUGUGUCAUCAUCUGUUUACUGGAUUGCUGGAGCUCAGACCUGCUUUCUUCUCACAUCAGCAUCCUUCAUCAUCCCUCUGGCUCUGCUGAGUAGAGACCAAAGCCUAAAGGAUGAGUGAUUGAAGACUGGAAGAGCCAACUGAGGCUUUCUACAAACCAAUACUCCAACCGCAGAGACAUGCAUUGUGAUUCAUUGAAUGUAUUAUUUACAGUUCUUGGGAAAGCAAGCACAGAACAAAUUACUUCUUCUUACAUAAAUAAGGAGAGUCAUGUUUUCUGCUUUGUUGAUUAAACAAAAUAAUACAAAAAGAUGAGAGCUGGAUAACAGAAUAAGAGAUGAGUGUAUCUAAUGGCUUUACUGUGCACAUGUAAAUAUAUCACCCAUACAGGGUUGGAUGGGUGGGGGACGAACAAAAUUACAUUUGUCGAGUAUAAAUAUCUUUUUUAAAUACAGUAUUUUAUUAAUCACUUGGAUUUUGUACGCUAACAAAAUAACUUUUUUUUUAGUUGUGUUGAAAAAUGUUGUGGUUAUAUUUUCUUGUUAUUCAAAUAAAAAGUGGGUUGAAAUCUU